CCCUUCUUCGUUACUCCGCACCAAUUACUUGUAUGUUGCAAGUCUCAGUGGUUUCCCGUGGUGGUCUGGAUCCGCUUACCGACUUCGCCGCUCCCGCUCCGCGGCUCCUCCUCCUCGAUUCGAGACGCUCCUGCGAGCCCUAAUCUCCAGUGCCGAUCCCCAACAAGAACCGAUCCUUUCGGCUGGAUUUCGUCGGAGUUAGUUUGAUGCUAUAAAGAGUAUGGAAAGGGAAGCAAAAAAGGAAGCUUUCAGGAAGUAUCUGGAAUCAAGUGGGGUGCUUGAUGCUCUCACUAAAGUUCUUGUUGCACUAUAUGAAGAAAAUGACAGGCCUUCAUCUGCUGUCGAGUUCGUCCAACAAAAGUUAGGUGGACCAUCAAUUUCUCAAUAUGAAAAGCUACUAGCUGAAAAGUCGGAUUUGCAAUUGAAGUAUGAUGAGCUCUUAGCAGCUCACAGAGAAAAGUGCAGAGAGCUCGAGGAACUACGAAACUUGAAAUUGACCACAACAUUAAAGGAGAAUACAAAUGGAGAUAAAUUGAAAGACGGAUUGUGAAGAACUCCCCAGAAAUGAUUAUACAUGUUGGUUUUAACAAAUUCCAAGAUUUGUUUGUCAGAUUAUCUUUUGUGCAAUAUAUCACAGAAAAAAAGGAUGAUUUGUCUGCUGAAGUAUAUAUCUAGUGUACUACUGUUCACCACUGAUGUAUCACACAUGAAUUCCCAGAUAUUAUCUCUUGUGAAUUGCUAUUUAAUAUUACAAGGAAUGGACAUGGACAUCUCUCUCAUUUA